AAGACAACAAAAAGAAAAGACAACAAAAAGAAAAGACAGAAAAAUUAGAAGAAAAUGGUAGGAGCAGCAGCACCAGAAGAUGUACACCCACAAAAAGCAUUUGGAUGGGCUGCCAGAGACACUUCUGGAGUUCUCUCCCCUUUCAACUUCUCUAGAAGAGCAACAGGAGAUCUGGAUGUGACUUUUAAAGUGUUGUACGUUGGAAUUUGUCACUCGGAUCUUCACUUCAUCAAGAAUGAAUGGGGGAGUAGUGAUUUCAUUGAUGCCUCAUAUCCUGCUGUCCCUGGGCAUGAAGUGGUAGGAGUGGUCACAGAAGUAGGAAAAAAGGUGCAAAAAUUGAAAGUAGGUGAGAAAGUUGGGGUAGGAUGCAUAGUUGGAUCGUGUCGUUCAUGUGAUAAUUGUGGCAAGAAUCUUGAGAAUUACUGCACAAAGAUGUUGCUAACCUAUGGAUCAACUUACUAUGAUGGAACCCCUACAUAUGGAGGUUACUCUGAUAUUAUGGUGGUUGAUGAGCACUUUGCUGUUCGUAUUCCUGACAACAUGGCACUCGAUGUUACUGCCCCGCUUCUAUGUGCUGGUAUCACUGUCUACAGUCCCCUCAGGCACUUUGAGCUUGACAAACCUGGGCUCCAUAUUGGUGUUGUUGGGCUUGGUGGUCUAGGACACAUGGCUGUCAAAUUCGCUAAGGCUUUCGGGGCUAAAGUCACUGUUAUUAGUACCUCACCUAACAAGAAGGAUCAAGCUCUAAACCUUCUUCGGGCUGAUUCUUUUUUGAUCAGUAGUGAUCCUCAACAAAUUCAGGAAGGUGCAGGGACAAUGGAUGGCAUAAUAGACACAGUUUCAGCAAAACAUCCUUUAAUACAAUUGAUCGGUCUGUUGAAAACCGAGGGAAGGCUAGUCAUGGUUGGCGCCCCAGUCAAACCUCUGGAGUUACCAGUCUUACCUCUGCUUUUGGGGAGGAAGAUGGUGGCUGGAAGCGGCAUCGGAGGCGUCAAGGAGACACAGGAGAUGAUUGAUUUUGCAGCAAAGCACGAUAUUAAAGCAGAUAUUGAGCUUAUUCCGAUGGAUUAUGUGAACACGGCCAUGGAACGUGUUCAAAAAGCAGACGUUAGAUAUCGUUUUGUCAUUGAUAUUGGCAACACUCUGAAACCUACAUGAAAACGACUUCAGACUAUCAUUCCUUGCCCAACAUCGAGCUAACAUUAUACUUAUUAUUCUGUAACUUGUACUAAUCUACUCCCUCCGUCAUUUCUUUUAUUUUUUACGUUUGGUAUCAUGCACACGAAUUUAAGCAUAAUAAAAUAAUAUUUUUUACGGAUUUUUCACGAAAUACCCCGAGGUUUAAGUUUAUAUACCAAAUACCCUCAUUGUUUCAGUAAUUUACCAAAUACCACUAAGGAUUAUUUUUCUCGCAAGACUUAACCCUGCCAUUAAGUGGUCGUUAGAAACUUUAUUUCACAAGAUGCCCCUGUAUUUCAAAAACUUUAUUUCACCAGAUACCCUUGUGGUUUCUGAUACUUUCACCAUAUGCCCCUAUGGUAUACAAUAUUACACACAAUUUAACUUGACAACGUACAACAACACAUUCGAUGAGCAAACUGUUCAUUCAUCACAACUUAUUCAAUCCAAUCAACUACAACAAAAACUUAACAAACCCAAAAUAUUUGAACACGGAGGCAUCAAAUUAAAACCCUGAUCAUAAUCAAUUACUAUCGAAUCAUUCAAUUCUACAAAACUAAACAAUAAAAAUCCACCAUGAAAAUAAAUUCAACAGUUACCAAAAUAAAAAUCCAACCAUUAAACCAUAAAUUGAAUUGAAUUCGGAAAUCGAAGAAUAAUAAAAUGAGAAAGUGAAGAACAAAAACCGGAAAAAUGGAGAAGAGAAUAUGAAAUUUAUGAAUUCUAAUCAUAGAAAACGAAAAUCUAAACUCAAAUUCGAACUCCUAAUUGCUCUAAUCUACCUAAAUGUUGUUGCUGAUGUUCCUCUAAUUAUGUUGUUGUUGUUGUUCCUCUAAUUACGCUGUUGCUGCUGCUAUCUUCGAACAUAAAUAUGGGCUGCCAAACGAAAAUAAGAAAAACAAAGAAGAAGGAAAAAGAAUCAAAAUCUGAAAAACUAAAAUUCCAAUCCUAAGCUACAAAAUCUAUUUUCUAAUUUCUCUCUAAUCUCCCCACCUCGGGCUGCUGCUGUUAUACUCCAUAUAUUCUUGCUGCUCCUCCGAACAGAACCCAACCCUCUUUUCGCAAAAUCAAUCAGCGAGCAGCUGCUCAGUGUUUUUGUGCGGGCCCAUGAAUCUGGGUAUGUGCGGGUGCACGGCUAGGCAGAGAAGUUUGAAAUGCAUCAUAAGCAGAGAAGAAGAGGAGAGAUGGUGAAGGAAGGAGAAAGAGGGUGGUGGUUGAGGAAUAAGUCGACGCAGAAAGUGGGGGAGUGGGAGAGUUGGUGGUUUUUGAGGGAAGAACAUAGGUAGAAGGAAGAAGAAAGGUCGGGGUGUAGAAUUUGAAGUAGGGGUAGAAUAUUAAAAGCACACUAACAGAGACUUAACGCCGUAAGUCAUUAAGGAUCAUUAAGGGUAUUUCAUGCGAGAAAAAGAAACCUCGGGGGUAUAUAGUGAAUUACUGAAACAACGAGGGUAUUUGGUGAAUGGGGUAUUUCAUUAAAAAUCCGUAUUUUUUAAUUAAAUAAUAAAAUAUCAUGAAUUCAAUGUUUGAGUAUAUUAAGGAAUAUAUAUUAUGUAAUGGUCUUUGUCGGUGAAGUUGUAUUUAAUGUGUU